AUGACGACCAUGGACUUGCGUGUCGGUAAUAAAUACCGUAUUGGACGCAAGAUUGGAAGUGGUAGUUUCGGUGACAUUUAUCUGGGAACCAACAUCAUUUCAGGAGAAGAAAUCGCUAUCAAGCUCGAAAGCGUCAAAGCAAAACACCCCCAGCUCGAAUAUGAAGCUCGUGUCUACAAAUCCCUUGCCGGUGGUGUUGGCAUUCCCUUCGUGCGUUGGUUCGGUACCGAAUGUGACUACAACGCUAUGGUUAUCGAUCUCCUUGGACCUAGCUUGGAGGAUCUGUUCAACUUUUGCAACCGCAAGUUCUCGUUGAAGACUGUCUUACUUCUUGCCGAUCAACUCAUUUCCCGUAUCGAAUACAUCCACGCCAAGUCCUUCAUUCACCGUGACAUCAAGCCGGACAACUUCCUUAUGGGUAUUGGAAAGCGUGGCAACCAGGUCAAUGUCAUUGAUUUUGGUUUGGCUAAGAAAUACCGUGACCCCAAAACUCACUUCCACAUUCCUUACCGUGAGAACAAGAACUUGACCGGUACUGCUCGUUACGCUAGUAUCAACACACACUUGGGUGUCGAGCAGUCUCGUCGGGAUGAUAUGGAAUCUCUAGGUUACGUGAUGCUUUACUUCUGCCGUGGCUCCCUCCCUUGGCAGGGACUGAAGGCUGCUACUAAGAAGCAAAAGUACGACCGGAUUAUGGAGAAGAAGAUGACCACCCCCACCGAGGUCCUUUGCCGUGGCUUCCCCAACGAAUUUGCUAUCUACUUGAACUACACCCGCUCCCUCCGAUUCGACGACAAGCCCGACUACUCCUACCUCCGCAAGAUCUUCCGCGACUUGUUCGUGCGUGAGUCCUUCCAAUACGACUACGUCUUUGACUGGACCGUCUACAAGUACCAGAAGAACGCCGCCAUGAUUGUCGAUGCCAACAAUCCCAAGAAGGAUAAGGAGACUGAGGAACAGCAACGCCGUGCUGCUCAGGCCGCUCCAGCGCUUGCCAGUCAGGUUGCUGCCAAGCCCGGUGCUAUUUCCAGCCAGCGCCGCAAGGUCAUUGAACGUGGCACCGUCGAUACCCCGGACACCAACCGUGCAGUUGGAGGGAGUGACAGGAUGUGAGUACUAUGCUAUCAAGGUUCCUUGCUUCGUUCUGCUUCUAAGGGUGCUGCUGCAGGUGCAUAUGGAUCUGCUGGUCACCGUGCGAAGCGGGACGAUGGUACUGGAGCCCAGUGGUAUUGAUACAUUGCAGCAUGUUAGCUCUUGAGCACACCUAAACCCCAUUUUCUUUGAGCUGAUGCUCCUGGUUCUGCUUUUGUUGGACGACAACAAGCGACCGACCUAUGGAUCAUUAUCUCCAUUCUUUAUUUUCUCAUGGACUCUUUUCUCAUUCAUACACGACGCGCACCAGAAUGAUAUUUCGACUUUUCACAUUUCAUGAUUCGGUUAAUGGACGCGGUUUCGGAUGUGUCGAUUGACGAAGCAUCUUCGAGCUGGUUUCUUUCGACUUCGAUUUCGACUACACAGUAUCAAUUCGUUCUAUCGAUCUCGCCUACCGAUCGUUUCCAUCCAGAACGACUGUGUCUUGCGUUUUCUUAAUCUCGAAACAUGAAAGUCGUGGCGCUAUUCUCAUACAACCCAUUUCCUCGGCUAGUUUUGCUCUGUUCUGAAGCAUGUGGGAAGAAACAUCAAUUUCUUGUUUUCCACGAACGGCUAUGCGGAAUGGAAAUGUGAGAUGGAUUGAGUUGACCAUGAGUGGUUGAUACGACAAUAAGACGUUAUCAACCUCAUCUUUGUGUGUUUGUUUGAUCAUCAUUUUUUUGCCCAUCCCCCUCCCCUUUUUCAUUAUUAUUUCGCGAUACGAUGUGUUUUGCCCCAGAUUGCUAUAUUGAUUUUGAUGAUUUGUUAUGUCGACGUGAGUUUGAUGACAGGGGACGGGUGCAGUUCAGUGGAGUGAAGAGAGCUCACCAAGGGGAAAUAGUGUUAGUUGGAUUGAUAUGCAGCUUCGUUGUUGGCGAUGGAAUAUGACAAGUUGCAUGUUGGUGAUGGCGAUGGAUGAAUAGGGUCGCUUCCGGGGUGGUAUUCGGAUUCACGUCGAGCAUGUUAUCUGUAUUACGUUAGUCAGCUAUUUCUACGAGUCAAGUUGCUUCGCGUAUCUCUCGUAUGAUUUGCAUAGUCGGUAGUUGCCCACGUGCAUAGGUAGUUGUACCCGUCCAUUCACUAUACA